UGUAUAAAAUACUCGUAUGAAUUAUAACGAGCGGUGGCGGGUAGGUUUAAGAAAUCAGUUCGAAAUACACUUUGUACGCGGACGUUGUGUUUUAUUAAUUCUCCCAGUAAUUCCUAGAAAUACUACAUUGGCGACGAGGAAAAUUCUGGAUAGUGCAGGAAAUAGUAUACAGAACAAUGUCCAUUGGUAAAAUUCGCGAGUUUGACAUUCAGUCGGGUACGUGGUCAUCAUACGUGGAUCGACUCGAGAUGUAUUUUAAGGCAAACGAUAUCAAAGAUGAGUUGAAGCUGCCUACAAUGAUAUCAGCAAUGGGAGAUGAAGCGUACGAACUCUUGGUAAACCUGGCAAGUCCGAAGAAACCGGCGGAACUAACAUUUGAUGGAGCCAGUGACUUGCUGCGUCAACACCUACAGCCAACUCCGUCAGUGCUCGCGGAAAGGUACAGAUUCAGACAGCGGAGACAGCUUCCUGAGGAAAGUAUUGCGGAUUAUGUGGCUGAAUUAAAAAAAUUGGCCAGGAAGUGCGAGUUUAAGGAGGAAUUAAACGGGAAUUUACGGGAUCAGUUUGUUUGCGGACUUAAGGGGGACAUAAUGCGACAACGGUUGUUUGCGGAGGACGGAAAUAUAGAUUUUGUAAGUGCAGUAAGACUAGCGACGUCAUUAGAAGCAGCAGAGCGAGAUGCAGCGGCGGUGGAGGCGGGAAGCGGGUCAGAGGUGUUGGAAAAUGCCAAAGUGCACAAAAUAUCGGCGCAGGUAACGGCCCGGGGACAAAGCGUACGCGGAAGCGGCGGGCGUCACACGCGACCGGGUCGCGGCGGCGCGGUCUGGAAAGGCGCACAUAAGGUUGCGGUGGUGGAAACGCAGCUUCCGAAUCGUGUCAACAACGAUUCCUGCAAGGGCUGUGGGUCGACGAGUCAUCUAUAUGAGGGGUGUAGAUUCCGAUAUUUCGUCUGCAGCAGGUGCAAAAAUGCGGGUCAUCUGCGCCGGAUGUGUCCGAAAGCAGCUCGUGGAUCAGUGCGUGGUGAAUACUAUAGUGAUAGGAAGUUCCACUAUGGGGAGGUCGAUGUUAGCGAUCGAUCAUCGGAGGAGGUGGAGGACGCCAGCAUGGAUUUACAUCACUUAAAUUUGCGGGAUUACAAGGCGGUAUAAGAAUUUGUUCGACGGUAGCCUGGGGAAGUUCACGGGGGGCAAGGCAACGCUACGGGUGCGGGAAGGGGCGGCGCCGGUAUUCCAUCGCGCGCGCCCAUUGCCAUUUGCGCUGCGCGAGCGCGUCGACGCCGAGAUUGACGCGAUGCUUCGCGAUGGAAUAAUUGAACCAGUCGAUUGUUCGGAGUGGGCAUCACCACUAGUCCCCGUAAAUAAGUCGGAUGGGGCACUCAGGGUUUGUGUAGACUAUAAGACUACUGUUAACCCGGUUUUGCUGGUCGACCGGUAUCCGUUACCCAGAAUUGACGAUGUACUGGUAGUAUUAAAUGGCAGUCAG